AUGCUAGUCAACAUACCGUUUGUAGAGGCAUUAGAACAAAUACCUGGAUAUAUAAAAUUUAUGAAGGAUUUGAACACCAAGAAGAGAGAAGUCAGUUAUGAGCCAAUUCAUAAUGUUCAUCAUUGUAGUAUUUUAGCUACUAGAUCAUUGCUGAAGAAGAAGAAGGAUCCUGGUUCUUUCGCUAUACCCUGCACCAUUAGAUCUUUCAACUUUGGCUAUUCGUUAUGUGAUUUGGGUGUUAGUAUCAACCUUAUGCUGUUUGUAGUAUUCAAGAAGUUGGGUUUAGGAGCUCCAAAACCUACCACCAUGAGACUAGUAAUGGUAGACGGGACAGUGAAAAAACCAGUUUAUUGUGAAGUGGAUUUACAAGUCCCAAUUAUUCUGGGAAGACCAUUUUUGUCCACAGGCAGAACAUUGAUUAAUUCGGAGCUGAGAUUCCUCUAUGAUGUUGAUACAGUUACUCUUUUGAAUAAUGGUUUUGAUGUGGUUGUUCUUGUUGAAGAGAGACUAGGUGUUAAAGCACUUGCAGUUGUGAUCAUGAAUUUUGAUUCUGAUGGUAUUGAGGAAUAUAAGGAAAUAGUGAGUACAUUGCAUGGAAAGGGUUCUUAUGAUUUUGCACCAAAGAAUCUUGAUUUAGAUCUGAAGAAUAGAACAACUCCACUUGCUUGGCCAUUCAUUGAGGAGCCACCUGUGUUAGAGUUGAAGGCCCUUCUAUCUCACUUGCGAUAUGCAUUUUUAAGGGCCAACAAUACUUUGACAGUCAUUAUUAUAGAUGAGACAGAGGUGGUGAAGAAAGAAAUAAUCAGGUGGUUGGAUGUUGGUAUGGUAUAUCCCAUUGGUGAUAGCAAUUGGACGUCCAAUGUUGCUGAUAUCAGAUAUGAGGUUAUGAAAAUUAAGAAAAUGGUCAUAGAGAUUUAUAAGAGACCAGUGGUUGUUGAGCCUGUAUUGGAGACAAUGAUUCAUACUGUCCAUGUGCCUAACAUUUGGGCAAUCCCAUUAGAUGCACCAGUUGAGGAUACCGAAGAAUAA